AUGAUGAUGUAUCCAUUGAACGGCUCCAUCAUUGUGGUGGGCUCUGCGCUAGUCGUGUGGCUGACGGAGUGGCCCUACAAGUACUACAUCGACCCCGCGCUCAGUAUAGUUCUAGUCAUCUUAAUCCUCGCCUCCGUGUGGCCGCUUCUCAGGGAAUCUGCGCUCAUCCUGCUUCAAACUGUACCCACACAUAUACAGGUGGAUGCGAUACAGCGGCGUUUGUUGGAGAAAGUGGAUGGUGUUUUGGCGGUACACGAGUUCCAUGUAUGGCAACUAGCUGGAGAUAGGAUUAUUGCCAGUGCUCAUAUAAGAUGUAGAAAUCUAUCGGAGUAUAUGAAGAUUGCUGAGAAGGUGAAGGAGUUCUUCCACAACGAGGGCAUUCACUCGACCACCAUUCAGCCAGAGUUCAUUGAGCUACCGCUGGAUGGCACUGAGAUGGUGAGCGGGGUGUCUGCAGAUGACCCGUGUGCGUUACACUGUCCCCCCAACGAUCUCUGUCACAAUGCCACCUGCUGCGGACCAAAUCAACAGGAGCGCAGCACACCUUCUCCGGCUGUGACACCGUACAUGUGUCGUCAGAGGAACAUGGGCUCCAGGACGGAGUCUGUCAACUCCAAUGUGGGGGGUGGGGUUCAGGUCGCCACCACUGCCACCAAUCUGGACGCCCUCGAGUGCGGGUCUCUAUUGCCGACUCCGAUGGCGGACGGCAGGUUGUCCGUCUGACAUGCGCUUGUGCACAUCUCAGUCACAGGAUAACUCAUCUCACAUCGUACAUUAUCUAUCAUAUAAAUAAUCAACAAUCUUACAUAUUUUGUAUGAAAAUAUACGCAAAAUAAUUCAAGUGUGCUAAUAAAAUGUUGAUUAAAUUAAAAUGUAUAUCGAAAAAUAAUUUAGUGAUAAGACGCAUUUCAUUUUGGUAUCACUUUUUGACAUGAAAUACAUUUGUUGUGUUGCCGUCCAUGUGACUGUUAAAUUACACAAAUAUGAUUGACAAAUCACUGAAACAAACCUG